CUUGCUGUCGCCGUCACCUCACCUUGCUGCUGCUGCUGCUACCACACUACCAGCCAGCCAGAGGCAGCCUCCUCUCCCCGGAAUGGAGGCGUAGGAGGGCGUCCGAGCCAGACAGACAGAGAGCGGGAGCUAGGGUUCCGCCGCAUCCUCCUCUUCCUCCUCCGGGUCUGAAGUCUCCGGCGGGCGGCGGGCUAGGAGGCGGCGACGAUGGGGAAGUCCCCGGCCAAGUGGCUCAAGUCCGUGCUCUUCGGGAAGAAGACCUCCAGGUCUGGCUCCGCCAAGGCCAAGGAUUUAUCGAAGACCGGGAGCAACAGAGGGUAUGUUGCUGCUGGGAAGGAGCCCGGGUUCUCGGAGAGCUCCCCGGUGAUCUCCGAGCCGGUGCUCGUCACCCCGCGCAACAACGACGCCGUGCCGGAGGUGGGGAAGGGUGAGAAUUCCAGCUCGCAAGGCGAAGCGGUGGUGCAGCACGAAGUGAACCAUGAUUUGGAUAAGCAGAGCACUGUCGGGUCUGAUGUGCUGUCCAAUGACCCGGAGCGGCUGAAGGAAGAACAAGCAGCCGUCAAGGCCCAAGCUGCCUUCCGAGGCUACCUGGCACGUCGGGCUUUCCGUGCAUUGAAAGGAAUCAUACGACUUCAGGCGCUGAUUCGUGGCCAUCUUGUAAGGAGGCAAGCUGCUUCAACUCUCCGUGCUACAUGGUUGAUUGUGAAGUUCCAAGCUAUUGUUCGUGGUAGAAAUGUCAGACUCUCUAGUGAUGCAAUUCAAUUCAGUUGGAAGCUUGCCGAGCAGAAGUCUGUGGGUACUAAACCAGAUGCAUGGAGGGAGAAGUUAGCUUCAAACGCAUUUGCCCGUAAGCUUCUGGCUUCACCGAUUCUGGUAGAGGCUCUUCACUUUCAGUAUGACGAGAGGGAUCCCAAUUCAGCCUUCAACUGGUUAGAGAGAUGGACCAUAAGCCGUGUCUGGAAACCUGUUUACCAAACAAAGAGAAAUGCUAUUGCUGAUGCCAAACCGCAGACGAAGAGGGCCAGUUACGCUAUGGAAACAGAGUCAGGGAAAUUGAAACGCAAUGCUCGGAAGAGUUCUGCAAUGUCAGUUGAGCCCACCCCUCCGACAAACAUGCCGUUGGAAACUGAAAAAACAAGAAGGAACCCAAGGAAAUUCACUAGCACUCCUGCUGAUUCAGUGCCUGAUAGCCAAUUAACUGAACUUGAGAAGGUUAAGCGUAGCCUUCGGAAGGUAACUAAUUCCAUGGCCGAAGCCUCAAAGGUAUCUAGUCCUGCAACUGAAACCCCUGACCACCCAGAGAUCCAAUUUGAGAAACCACAACGUACUGCACAGGAAGUUCCAGUUUAUCCUGAGAUUCAAGAACCUCACCAUGAUGAUCUUCUGGAAAAUGCGAAGGUGGAUAUCUUUGUACCUGAUCUCAAACCUGAGGUGGAAGUUACUCCAUAUGCAGUCACAACUGAAGAAAAACUUAAUGAGCCGACUGUUGUUGCUACAACAGCUGAAGUUAUGCCUCUGCAAGACAUUGACAAUGAAGAAAAUGCUUUGGUGAAUGAUGCGGAGCAGAGAUCCAGAGAAGAACCUCUCUCCGCCGAAAGCCUUAAAGGUGGCAACAGGAGGUCUUCGUUCUCAACGAAGCCAGAAUAUCCAGAGAACGGGUCCAAAAACUCUCCUGCUGUGCCCAGCUACAUGGCUGCAACAAAAUCUGCGAAGGCGAAGCUGCGGGGACAGAUAUCACCUAGACUUAGCGCUGAUUCAGCAGAAAAAACUGUCUACACACGCCGCCAUUCCCUUCCUUCCCCUGCCAAUGGUAAGCAGAACUCGCACUCGCCGCGUACACAAAGGCCAAUCCAUCCUGGUACCAAAGAGGGAGCGAAAGUUGACAAGUCUAUGCUGUCAUCAAGAGACGCAGCUGAGAGACCGAUGAAAGCUGAAUGGAGACGGUGAAGACGUGGAUCCUCCAUUCCAUUUGAGUAGCGUGGCGACGGACGUUUGGGUGGACGGCAGCUUGCUCCUCUGAUUGUUUUGCUUCUGAUGUAAAAAAUGUUCUCUCUGGUCUGCUGCCGCGACAUCAAGGGGACCUGCUUAAUUUGUUGUGGUGUUGCCUACCUGGUGCCUGAGUUUGACUUAUUUUUAUAGGGUUUUGCGACGGUCGUGCCGCCUUUGGCUUGUGUCUUGUAUAGCUGAAGUUUGUUCCCCAGUUUGUUUUGGUUCGCCUUUGAGAUACCGUGCGUUGUUAAGUGAGAUCAAGAGACAGACAAGAUGCUGAUGUUAGCGAGUACUUGGGCUGUUUGGUUGGUUUA